AUGGAAAACGUCUUCCGUGACUACUAUUUCAGGAUCCAGCUAGAAGUCACCAUCAGUGACCUUGCUGCCCUCAAACAGAGUAAAGAUAAGCCUGCUCAUGAGAAGAACUGCUCAAGGAAGAACAACAAAGGAGGAACUCUUCCAAAGGCACAUAUUACAAAACCCCAUCUUCCUCAGUACAUCUAG